GAAAAUUCUCAUGCUUCCACAGUGAAUAAUCGUGAAAACAGAAUGAUUGGUUAUGUACAGUUGCCUCCUAUCUCCUUCAAGGAAGAAAACUGGACAUUUUUCUCAUCAACUCAGAACCUCGCAGCUGUUCUUAAUGAUCCAAAUGAGGGGAAGAGAUCCAAGGAAUUUUUCACAAGAACUUGGGGAGCAGAAUUUGAACCUUGUGAAGUGCCACCAUUAACUUUGUUGCAGGCGGUUCCCAAGCAUUAUUUUAGUGAUUAUAUCAGGAAAAUUAAGUUUGUAAGUAUUGCGGUGACUGCCGAGUUUGCCACCGCUUUAUGUUUGCCCGUGAGUAUGUUCGAUAGUUUGGGCGGAAUGAAAUGCUUCCACAACCGCCUAGUAAGAACUUCUUUCACGUUCUCUGAAUUUCCUUUUUUUGCGGGAAAAUCUCAUUUCAAUUAAUCUUGUGCUUUUACGACCAACUUUUUGCUGCGCCUUGUCUCUGUUUCUGGGACAAACAUACUGGACCACCGUUCGAACCAACGUUAAAAAGUGCACUUAUGCAUUGAAAAGGAAAGCAGUACAUGUUUUGUGCAAACAAAUAAAGCAACAAAAUUCGUAAAUAUUAAACAUUCAUUUAUAUUUUUGCUUAUUGUUUAUCUGUGUUUUAAGUAAAAUGGUGCACGAAAAUGUUGGCGUAUUUGUUUGGUUGGCAUGUGUUGCCGUGACAAUAAUUUUACGUUUAAAACUUCACGCGAAUUUUUUAAAAACUGUAUUGAGCCACCUUAACAAUGGCGCCACAACGCCAUCAGAUUGGGCAAUGUGACUAGUACCAACCCGCGGCUGUGUUGUUUUUUGUAAAUUUGGAACUGGUCUGUUUUGUAAAAUAUCUGUCCAUGUUUAAUGGUUGUGGUUGAGCUGACAACUACGAAAUCUCGGUCAAAUUUUGCAGUAUUGACAGCUUGUACUCGAAUGAUUGGGAAUAGCAUUGUCUUGACGAAGUUCUGCCAAAUAUCUCUAUUCGUGAGAGAAACAAUUAAUUCAAACUUUGUGUUAUUAUAGCGAAUAUAGUGUUUCACAUCUCAAAAUUUCUAUCACGGCGUUUUUCAUGGAAACCGUAAAGCAAAAAAUGCGUUUUGCUUGUAGAGCAAGGUUUAAACUAAAGCCUAGGGCGGAAUACUCGUAUACACGCAAAAGUCAGGUUUCAGUCAUUUGAAUGGUCGUAUUUUUCACAAAUAUGGCAGAAAACACACAAUUAACAUUUUUUAGUGAAGUAGUUUCUACUGUUUCUAUGGAAGCAAUGUAUGUACACAUUGAAAUGUGUAUGUGCCACCAUGUAUUAUCCAUGGUGCCACAUAGCUAUAGUGCUGCAAACAUUGAGUGAAUUUUACCAUCACGAAGAAAUAUAUUCAUCGUUUUCUAAAUCUGAUUUAAUAUUCUGGAGUAAAUGACGUCACUGUGGACCUAAAUACCUAAUUUACAUGUUUUAAAAAGCUGAAUAUCUUGAGAACGAAACAAAAUAUUGAAAAACCAAGAACACUGUGCUAGCUUAUUUCGAGGUAAUGUUUAACUAAGAUCUAAAUUGGCGAGAUGAUUUUUGUCACAGGGGCACUUUAAGGCAUUUCCUUAUACAGUAGACACUUUCCUUUUUCCCGUACUUCCUUCUAUUAUUUUGGCAGACAAUUCCCCCGCUAUUUUAUGUGCAUGCGCUUUAGGUUUUCCUGCACUGUUGACAACUCCACAAAGCUGUUUUGUCUUGUUUUGCAUUAAUAGAGAAUAAAAAAUCAUGAAAAGGUAAAGAAAAGCUUUCAAAGUGCUGAAGAGUCUGGUGAUCUUGGUGAUACUGGCUUUAGUAAAGCUGCUGCUUCUGCUGUUAAAAGACAAGGAGGCAAGUAUAUAUAGGCUCGCUUUUAUCAAUGUAAAAAUAAAUUUUGCAGAUAUGCAUGUCACAUCACAACAGGGGUCACACAAUAUUUUUAUUUAGACUAACACUAAUAAUUUUGCACUCAAAACUGCACUCUUGUCUGCCCUUCGAAAUAUCAAGAUCAUUCAAAACCUUUAAAACAUCGACCAUUAAAUGCUUGAUCAGCAACGAAUACUUUUAUAUAAUUGGCCCUGUUGUGACGUAACCAAAACUACCGUUAAUUAAUGAGAUAAAAAAUUAUCCAAGAUGGCGGACAUCUCAUACCCUGGAUUCCAGAGCCUUCAGUAAAUAAUAAAUUGAAACGUCGCGAAGGCUCUGGUUCAACGGGAAGAUUCUUUGAUUAAACCGCGCCAAUCACAAAACAGAAUUAGUGGUUUUAGUACAGAAUCUGUAAUAAAACCACUAAUCCUGUUUUGUGAUUGGCGCGGUUUAAUCAAAGAAUCUUCCCGUUGAACCAGAGCCUUCGCGACGUUUCAAUUUAAAAUGUACUGUCGAAGGCUCUAGAAUCCAGGGUAGACAUCUCAUUACUUCUAGUGAAAAUAUUUCAAGAACUAAGCAAGAUAUGAAAAAUCAGUGAAAGAAGUUAAUAUAUAGUUUCAAAAGUUCUUUCAAAUGAGGAAAUAAAAAUUGUAUGGCAUUUCCGUUUAAGAUACAACACAAUGUGAUGCACAGUUGACCACUAUACCCAAUUAGUAUACUUUUUGCGGAUUUGAACAUUAAUUGAAAGAAAUUGAUAGUUCUGACUCUGCGCAGUUACGUUCUGAAAACCGUUCCGUUUUUGUGUAGAAAAGUGAUUUAUAAUUUACGAAUUCCCGUGAUUCUUCCCGUGAAACCUUCAAUCUCCUCUUUCAAUCCAGUGCAAUAUACUGUACAUGUUCUGAUUAGAGCUGCAUGCAAUGAUAUGAUAUCCCGAUGCGGAUACUGAAUUGAAGGUUGCUUGUUACUGUAUACAUACAGUAUAAGCAUGCAUCAGUGAUUCAGUUUUUAAAAUAUGCAGUAUACGUUUUGUUUUAGAUAAGUACUUGAAUAAUCUUGAUGUCAUACCAAAGGUUUGCUAUUUGAUUUUUUAUUUGAAUUUAACAAUUUGUUAUAUAUUGAUGACAAUAAAGUCAAUUUUGCUACUGUAUAGAAUCUGUAACUAGUUUAACGCAAAUUCAAUGUGUGAUGAUAAAUUUAUAUAUUAUCUUUAGACAUUUAUGGACGCAAAUUUUACUCUGGAAGAUCCUGAGACAUUUAAAUAUGUUAUUCCCAUGACAAGACUAGACACAGUUGAUGCAAAACAUCGAAAUAGAAACGCUUUGAUAACUGUUCCGAAGAACUCGCUCAAGUUGAUGCAAGAAAAGGUACAUAAUUCAUUUAUUUGAUAAUACCAUGACUGCAAUUUUCCCUAACAUAGUUUUGGUUAAUUUAAGUCAAAUAUGUUUAAUUAACAUAAAUCCUCAUGCACCCUCUUUCAAAUAAGGCACCUAUUAGUUUUGAGGUAGCAUGAUGUACGUGUAGACAUCAACGUGUUGUAACAAUUAAGGUAAUGUAUAUAUAAGAUUUUGCAAAGAUCAAAGAUGGAAAAGUAAAAUAUAUAUUGAUCUUAAUCCUGGAUAUCUUAGAAUGUUUGUCAUUUGCGAUUAUAUAUAGUUUCUCCUUUGCAAAGACUUGAUGUGUAAUGAGCAUAACUUACUGUGGAGGGCACAGGUGCCCUAGCUUAAAUUACAUUAAAUUACAUAUUAUAAUUCUCAUCAUGCAUCAUGUUUUUUAAACACCAUUUUGUCUGCAAUAACUCCCUAAAUUCGAGCUAGAAUUCCUUACGGGGACUAAAUACAUGUGCAACAGGGAUGGGUAUAACCGCUCUUCAAUCUGUAGUACAUUCUAUAGGAAAAGUCACCAUUAAUUGACCCGUGGAUACAACAUGCAGAUAUGAUUAUUUAAGGAACUUUCAAAUGCCUUUAUUGACAAUAGCUUGCAGUGAUAAUGCAAACUGCAUCGCAGCUCGGUAACUCGAAUCCCUGUGACAAGAUUAGGCUUGAUUCUUAGGCUGCUCUGGAGCUUUUUGAUUUCAGGAACUUUGAAUUACAAAUGACCCAUGCAAUUGCCAUAUUUUCAUAGUCCUAUGAUAAAACUCGACAUUUCGGAGCAUUUUUGUAUACUAAUCUUUGUUCUUCCGUAGCUGACACAUUUCUUGGACAUCACAGAGGUUGCUUUAGCUCAUCAGAUAUCACUGAGAUCUGAAGAUUUUUUCCACGCUGUGUCUUCCCAAGAUCAACUUCAAGAUGAUGUUGGACAAACUAAUUCUGAAAUAAAACAUUUAAGGUGCGUUAAAUGGAUAUACUAACACGUAUACAGUAUUGUCUGUCACAAAUCGAGCGCAGUGGCGUUAACCUUUACCGCCAUUCAAUGUCCCACUUGUUGUUUGGGGACUUACUGCGGUGCUUGGAACACUUUAACUGCAUGGGAAACACUGCUCACGAAGCCUGUUCUGAACAGUAAACUCGCCUAUGUCAAGCCUAUGAUUCGCUCAAGCCAAAAUAGUUUUUCUGAGUUUUGAGCUGAUCAAGUACUUGACCCCAAACGUUGGGCUAUAUAUCAAACUGAAGCUAUUAAAAAUUGCUAUUCGGUGUGGAAAUUUCAAGACUUAGCGAAAAUAAAAAAUAUUUUGAAAAUACAAAACCAACUGCCAUUCGGAAAAAAAUGGCAAAUUAUUGGCAAUUAUGUUUGUAGUUUUUAAAUAUUUCCUUUUUAGCUAAAGUCUUGUACAGCACAAAGGUUCAGUGUUUAUGUAUUUCUACUCAAAACUCAGACAAACUAAAAUGAACUGGCUCCAAUCCCCCCUCCUCCGAGUUAUCGUUCCAGUUUACACAGAGUUCACUGGUUCUGAAGGGCUAUUCAUUUUCAUCACGCAUUUACUUGCAUUUCUGUUCUUUUGGUUUGGACACAGUAUAUAGAAUAUAUUUAAUUAUUGACAGAAAUUGUAUCAAUUAUUGCGAAUUUUAAUAUCAUGUUUCCAAAGAACUUAUCAAAUGAAUUGGUUCAUGUGAGCAAACGAUUUGAGCAGAAUAUUUUGCGAUUACUGGAAAUUUCGACAGUGAGAUGGCCGUGACAUUGUGAAAUAUAUAUGACGCAAAAUAUGUGAAUAUAGUUGUAUACUUUAAAUUAUUUGUAGGUUUUUGCAGGUCUUUACUGCGCUGCAAAAUUAUUCAAAAGCUGUGGAAUUCAGGAGGUCUAUAAAACGUGUACAGCAUUUUCGUGGGAUUAAAUGUAACAAGUUUUUCGGAAAUUUUAACUUUCCAAAUUUCAGAGAUUUUGACAUUUGUUUUUUUUUAAUUGUUGAAAAAUUUUCGGAUUUGGGGAGGAUUUUUAAACCAAAAAAUUGGGAUUUUAGAAAAAUAAUGUUGAUUUUGUACGGGAUUUUAUGACUUUACAGAAAAUUUUGGAGAUACGAAAAUGUUUUGACGUGUAUUCCUUUCAGUGGAAAUGCAUCGGCAUGCUGCUAAAUCGCCUCUAUUUUUUCAUAUUAGAACAAAGAUAAAACAAGUACAAGAUGUGCUGUGUGGCGGUUCUUUCAAGUUUAUGCAGCUCAUGCAGUUACGAUCAAGAUAUUAUUCUGUUCAUAAUAAGGUAAUAAUGCACUACAAGCGACCAUGCCUGUGUAUAUUUACUUUUCUUGCAGGUCGCCAAAAAUAAUUUGCAGUUAGCUAACUUAGCUCUGCCAGCGAAGUGAGCAGGUUGAGGGUCACAUAUUUAAUAUUCAUUGAUAAUUCAUCAUUUUAAGUUUGCACUAUGUAAGACCUCAACUGAACUUGAAAAACUCUCUUAUUCGAAUCCUAUCCUAAAGCCUGGUUUCCUUAUGUCGUAAUGGUCGUAAAAAUAGAGUCACGAUCUUUCUCAACAGCCAGUUUAUAAUAGUUUAUAAUAGUAAGCCACAUACAAAUCAUAUUAUCUAGUUAUAAUUACUCCGCGUAUUUCCAGUUCUAAAAUGUUGUAAUUCGACUGAUGAGAACGAUCGUGACUCAAUCUUUACGACCGUUACGACCAUAUGGAAACCAGACUUUAUAUGCUAUCUACCCCAAGUGUAUGCUAAAAUAAUCUACAUAUAACUGGUAGAAAUACAACUCAAGAGUUAAACACUCUCGCAUAAAGUUUGUGAUGGCAUCCACACUGGGGAAAAAUGUGAAAUCCAUACUAUAAGAUUUGCAAUUGCAGUAGUAGUAUAUCCGUACUAUUUCAACACUAUAUCCAUAGUAUGGAAGUAUUGAUCACUAUGGAUAAUCAUUCUAUUUCCAAUAAAAGUCGAUACAAUUUCCAUUCUAUGGAUUUUCAAAAUUUUUUCCAGUGCCACUUCUGAAAUCAUUGUCAUGAAAUAUAACAUAAAUGAUAAGUCUGAUCUCUGCUAGUGUAAAAAUUUCAAGAAAAUACUGGGAAACUUGAAAUUCUCAGACAACAUACUUUCAGUGUACUUCUGACCCAGGUUUGCUCAACAACCUCAGCUUGAGGUUUCAACCUACAGUACUUCAUUCAGCAGGAAGUUAGUAGGCUAAUACAAGACACUGGAAAAAAUUUUGAAAAUCCAUAGAAGGUUAUAGAAUCGAAAUUGUAUGGACCUUUAUUGGAAAUAGAAUGGAUUUUGAUUAUGAUGCACUAAUAAUUGUAUAUUUCCAUGCUAUGGAUAUAGUAUCGAAAUAGUAUGGAUAUACUGUGGAUUAAAUGGUGCAAUUGUAUAUUUCAUAGUAUGGAUUUCACAUUUUCCCCAGUGAGAUCUGCACUCAUUCUUUCAAAACCGUUAACCAGAGCACAUAUAUAUUGAAAAAUUGUGACUUUUAUUUAGUUGAAACUGAUGUCUGCAGUACAACAAACUCAACCUACAAUACAAUUGCUGUUAUCCACCGGAGAUUUUGUAGCAGCGUUAGAUUUAAUUUCCACAACUCAAGAAGUUCUUCAACUUGAACUUGGUGGUAUUCAAAGUUUAAGGUAAAUAUUUUUAAAAGUCAAAUUUUGUAGGUUUUGCAUUCAUUAUCAUUACACUCUAGAUUUCCGGGUGUUGCCACAACACUAAAAUGGAGUAAAUCAUUGCAGCUCAGUAAAUCAUUUGCGAAGCAAAAUCCUUUAUGUUAUCCGGAUGUGUAAGAUAGAUAGAUAGUAACACAUUAGUGACGUUGAGUUCCGAGUCGAGUAUUCGUGAACCGCCGGAAGCUAUUAUCCGCCAUUUGUGAUGGUCGAUAUUUUCGCAAUCUUUCGGGCAAAAACCCAGCUCAUUUUCGUAGAAUACACCAACGACUAAACAUUGUACCACUUACUUUCAGCUAAACGAAUGAAUAUAUGACUGACUGUUUUGUGCUAGAAAUACAAAUGGAAAGGUCCUAAAAGACAAAUUCGUUCAACUCAGGAGCGGCCGUAUAAAAUAAAAUCAAUAAUUUUGGAGUUUUUUUGUCCAAACGUCAAAUUAUAAAAUACCUUCAACAUUUCUACAAAUUCAGGUAUUCUUUUAUCUUUGAGGCAGUGAUAAAGCCAUUUAAAAGUUGUAUUAGAUUAACUUGGAAUAUACUGUAACAGUGAUUAAACAAAGUUGACAUUCGAAGAAAAGAUUUGUCAUUCAUGAUGUUGUGUUUUGUUGUACUACAUUUUGGGCGAUAUUUUCCCAUCGUUCUUGCAUUAUGAACUGAUAUUUUUCAAUCUUUCUUGCAUUAUAAAAUUGACAACAAAAUUGCAAAUCCUUACGCACUCUUUGAGUGCCUAUUUUUGUUAGUGAAUGUCAAAUACACAGAUCAAUCGUGAUUUUGUAUAAUAACGUCAAGAAUUCAAGCACUUUCAUUGGUAGAGAGCCAUGAUCUAUUAGAGGACAGACGCACGGAAUUACGUCACAAGUGACGUAACUUAAGGUAGCCAAUAGCAUUCCCUUAUUUGUAUAGAUGAACGCGUGAUAUUUGUAAAAUUUCGACUUUCAAAUUUGAAAUUGCCAAAUGUUUGGGUGGAUUAAAAGUAAGCUAUUUACCUGUUUAUUUUGUGGUUUUUCUUUUUGUUAUAUAAAACAGGCGGCUCGUGAGCCACUGUUCUGUUCUUCCCACAUUAUGACGUCAUACUGUGUAUCUAUAACUGAACAGACAACGGCAAAAUCUUAUCUAUUUGUUAAAUUUACACCCAUCUCACCAAAACUGCAAGAACUGAAUUGGCUUCCAGUUAAGGAACACUUACUUUUUAGAGAUACAGUUUUGAUGUACAAGUGUAUCAACAAUCUAGCCCCACCUUACUUGUGCAAUAAAUUUAGUAAACGAUCAAAUAUACAUGAAUGUAACACUCGUAACCGAGAGCUCCUCCGAAUACCGAUUUAUAAUACCACCACUGGCCAGAGAACAUUUCAUUAUAGAGGGGCGAAACUAUGGAAUGAUCUGGACAAUAACACGAAACAAUUGCCAUCUUUGAGAAGUUUUAAGAAUAAAUUAAAAAAAGACAUGUUAGACAGACUGUAUUUUUAGUAAUGGACUAUUUUAAUAAUAGAAGAUUUUUCCUAGUAAAUGUUUAUAUAUGUAAUCUUAACCUUGUCUUUUAAUCACCAUUCCAUGUAAAUUAGUGUUGAAAAGCCUCUUUGAGGAACACAAUAAAGUAUGUAUGUAUGUAUGUAUGUAUUGAAUACUUAAGUGUUUCAAUACACUUAUUGGGUGUAGAUCAAUCAGUGUAUUUGGUAUUCACUACAUUUGCACUAAUUGAGUGUCUAACAGAGCUGCAAUGCCUUUCACCAUUUUGGGCAACACAGAAAUUUAGGGUGUAGAUUUAAUUCUCUCAGGUGCUAUUUUCGUUCGUUACGAUGUGCAUACAGCCAUCCUCACAUAGUGGGAGUUUCAAAUUUCCAUUACUUAUAGUUUGUUACUUCUUAAUCUGUAUUAUUCAGGCAUUUAGGUUCCCAGCUAGCAGAGUUAGAGAGAGUUAUUGAACGUAUGAUGGAAGCAGAUUUUAUUGAGUUUGCCACAACAAACCUUGCAAAACCGCUUGAAGAUUAUGAUGAACAGGAUCACGUCAUUGACAAGGUAUUUCUCUUGCCUGAUUAGACUCCUGAUGGCGUAAAGAUGAGGUUGUCGAAACCCCAUAUUUUACGAAUAAUUUUUAGGGAAUACGAAACAUCGUUUGAAAGUGAUUUCGAUAAAACAUGGACGUCUAGCCGUUUAAUCAACUGGAAGUAUAUGAUCAUUUUCUGACCGUUGUUGUGUUUCUAAACUUAUUUCCUAUCAUAUAGGAGCGCCUUGUUUCUGUGCUGUUUGGCCUUCUAAGAAAACAAAAGUUUCAUUUCAUUCAUGCUUAUAAAGAAGAAGCAUUCGCUACAGUUAAAGAAACGGUCAAGGAA